UAGAAAUUGUUUAUAGCUAAAGAUUUACAUUGACAUUGAACACACAAGUCAUUUUAUUCUUCAAAUAUUUAGAAAUGGUGCGUAAACUUAAAUUUCACGAACAGAAACUUCUAAAAAAGGUUGAUUUUAUAUCAUGGAAAGUAGAUAAUAAUUUACAUGAAGUGAAGGUUAUGAAAAAGUAUUAUAUUCAGAAAAGAGAAGAUUACACCAAGUACAAUAAACUGUCGAGAGACAUCCGAGACCUGGCUAAUAAAAUCAAGGAUAUAGAUGCUAGCCUUGGAUUUAGAAAUGAAAGCAGCGCCCAGUUAUUGGAGAAAUUAUAUCAAAUGGGAUUAAUUCCCACCAGGUGGGAUUUAGCCCUUGCAGCAAGUGUAUCAGCAAGUGCAUUUUGUCGACGUCGAUUGCCAGUUGUAAUGGUUCGAAAUAAAAUGUCAGAAAACUUAAAAGAGGCUACAAAAUAUAUUGAACAGGGUCAUGUUAGAGUUGGUCCGGAGGUAGUAAAGGAUCCAGCUUUCUUGGUUACAAGAUCAUUAGAAGAUUUUGUUACCUGGGUUGAUGGUUCGGCUAUCAGAAGACAUGUCAUGGAGUAUAAUGACAUGAGGGACGAUUUCGACAUGAUAUAGAUAAGAAAAGAAGAUUUGCUUCAUUUUGUAUCAAAAAGACCAGUAGAAGCAAC